AUGGCCCGAGCUCCCGCCCUCGCCGUCGUCCUCCUCCUCGCCGUCCUCCUCGCGAUGGCGUGCGCCGUGCACGCGCUGUCCCCGGCUGCCUCGCCCAAGAAGUCCGAGGCCGAGUCACCCGAGGCGUCCGAGUCCGAGCCCGAGGAGGACGAGGACGAGGAGUCGCCGGCGGCCGCUCCGUCGAUGGAGUCCGAAGAGGCCGGGACGGCCAAGACGAUGGACAUGGACAUCGAGGAGCCGGAGGAGGAGGAGGAGGAGGCCCCGGCGGCCGCCCCGGACGCCGAGGACGAGGAGGCCACGAGCCCUUCCGCCGCCUCAUCCGAGGAGCCGUCCGCCGCAGCUCCCGCACCAGAAGAGUCCGGCGGCAAGGUCAAUCCCGACCCGACCGACGCCGACGGGAAAGCCUCAGGGGAGCCCCCCUCUGCCGAGGCCGCCGCCGCCAGCCCGGAAGGCGCCGCCGACGUCUCCGCCCCGUCCGCGGCCACCGUCACCGAGGGCCCCGCGGGGGCUCCCGGACCCGCUGCGGCCGACGAGGAGGAGAGCGGCGCUACCGCCACCCAGCGUGGCAGCCUCGCCGCCGCCGCCGCCGCGCUGCUCCUCGCAGCCGUCUUUGCCCCGUGA